AAAAACGUAAACAAAUGAAGUAACAUAACCUUAAAAGUGUUAUGAAAGUUGUUAGCUUUUUAUGAAAAUUCUUUUUUUGUUGGAUUUUUUCUGUUUUAUUUAGUUUAAUUGGUAUUAAUUCGUCGUACGACACCAGUAUAAUUCACGUUCAUUUGUUUUAACCCACACUUUAAGUAGUUAAAAUGAGCGAAGAUAAAAAAUCGGUCCUACAAGAAUUCAAACUCGACGCCGACAAUGAACUCCGCUUCGAAGUCGAAUCUAAAGGCGAAAAAGUGUAUUUAACACUAAAAAGCGGCCUGGCAGAGAUAUUCGGCACAGAACUGGUAAAAGGUAAAACUUACGAAUUUACUGCGGGCGCCAAAGUAGCAGUGUUUACAUGGCAGGGCUGUACCAUUGAAGUUAAAGGCAAAACUGAUGUCAUUUAUACUGCCAAAGAAACCCCAAUGGUAGUUUAUUCUAAUUGCCAUGCAGCCUUAGAGAUUAUGCGCUCUGAAAGUGAAAAAGACAAUAAAAGGGGUCCUAUUGCUAUGGUUGUUGGGCCAACAGAUGUUGGAAAGUCAACUUUGUGCAGGAUCUUGCUAAAUUAUGGUGUUAGAAUGGGUCGAAGACCUAUAUUUGUAGAUUUAGAUGUUGGGCAGGGUAAAGUCACUAUUCCAGGAUGUGUUGGAGCACUUGUAAUUGAACGUCCUGCAUCAAUAGACGAAGGGUUUUCUCAAGAGGCGCCCUUGGUAUAUAAUUUUGGCCACAAGAGUCCUUCAGACAAUUUUAAGCUAUAUAAAAAGAUCGUCAACCAAUUGGCGUCUACUGUUAAAGAAAGGCUGGAAGUUAACAAAAAAACAAGACAUUCAGGUGUAAUUAUAAACACUUGCGGUUGGAUAAAAGGGAAUGGUUAUAAGCUGCUACUUGAUUCAUGCCAUGCAUUCGAAGUAGAUGUUAUUAUGGUGUUGGAUCAAGAAAGACUAUAUAAUGAAUUGGUUAGAGACAUGCCUGCAUAUGUUAAGAUUGUCUUUCUACAGAAAAGUGGUGGGGUUGUAGAGCUGUCAAAGAGUGCCAGAAUAGAAGCGAGAGACCAAAGAAUUAAAGAAUACUUUUAUGGAACGCCAAAAAAUCAGCUGUACCCCCAUUCUUUUGAUCUAAAAUGGUCCGAAGUAAAAAUUUUUAAAAUAGGGGCACCUCCACUACCUGAUUCAUGUCUACCACAUGGUAUGAAACCGGAGGAUCAUCUAACCAAACUAGUCCCGAUAACUCCAAAUCCAGGAAUUUCGCAUCACAUUUUAGCAGUCAGUUUUGCUGAAAAGGAAGAUGAUGAUGUAAUUUUAUCGCAUGUAGCCGGAUUUGUAUGUGUUUCACAUAUUGAUACAGAGAGGCAAACUAUUACUUUGUUAUCACCACAGCCUAAGCCACUACCCAACAAUAUCCUUGUGUUGUCUGAGUUACAAUUUAUGGAUAGUCACUGAUUCCCGUAUCUGUAGGGUGGUACAUAGGAUUUCAUUU